AUGGCUGUUAAAGUCUUCCUAACCGGCGCAACAGGCUACAUUGGUGGCACUGUGCUUGACUACAUCUACAGAGCGCACCCGGAUUACGAAUACACCAUCUACGUGAGGAACGAGGACCGCGCCAAGCCAAUCAAGGCCAAGUACCCCAACGUCAACUUUGUCUAUGGCGCGCUGGAAGACACCGAGACGUUGCUGGAUGCGGUUUCCAAAACCGAUGUUGUAAUCCACACGGCAGACUCUUCAGACAAUGUUCCUGGCGCGACGGCCAUUGCCAUGGGUCUCGAACAAGGCCACACUCCAGAAAACCCCGGCUUUUGGAUUCAUCUCUGCGGAACCUCGAUCCUGACUUGGUAUGACCAGAAGAAUGGUCGCGAAGGCGAGCCGCCGCUGCCAGAGCAGACAUACCGCGACGUUGACGACGUAGAGCGUCUCGUGACGCUGCCCGACAGCGCCCACCACCGGAAUGUCGACAUCCUGGUCCAGGACACCAUCUCGGACGCCGUCAAGAUUGCCAUUGUAUGCCCUCCCACGAUUUACGGAGAGGGCUCCGGGCCCGUCAAUACGCGGAGCAUCCAGGUGCCUGCUCUGAGCAGGGCCACCCUCAAGGAAGGCUACGCACCGGUCAUCGGCAAGGGCGAGACGGAAUGGGACAAUGUGUACAUCGACGACCUCGCCGACUUGUUCCUGAAGCUCCUCGAUGCUACCCAGGAUCCAAGCAAGAACAACAACCCGGAGAUCUUUGGCCUGCACGGCUACUUCUUCGCGUCGAACGGGGUUCAUCGCUGGUCCGAGGUGGCGCAGUGGAUUCUGGAUGAGGCGGCCAAGAAGGGAUACCUGUCCGGGGCAAAGACAAAGACGGUCAGCUUGAAGGAGGCCGGCAGCGUGGCAGGCCCUUCCGCACCCAGCUUUGGUCGAAACUCCAAGGGGAUUCCGCAGCGCGCCGCCAAGUACCUGGGAUGGAAGCCCAAAGGGGCCGAUCUCAAGUCUACCAUUGCGGCGACGGUUGCUGACCAGGCCAAGGCGCUGGGUCUCAAGGCAGAUAAAGCGUAA